CUCCCCGCCGCUCUGACUCAGCGGCCCGGCCCCCGCUCGCACCAACCGUGCUCCCGGUGCCAGGUCAGGGCCGCCUGCCCGCCGCGAGGGAGAGAUGCUCUCCCCGAGGGGACGGAGCCUGCGGGGCGCUCGGUGAGGGCGGGCGCUCGGGGAUCGUCGCUUCCCGCCCUCCUUUCCUCCCUGAUGAGGGAUUAGCGCCGGCUGUCCCGCCGCUGACGGCGAUUUACCUGUGCGGCCGCGUCCCUGACGGCUGCUGUGCCGGACACUGAGCGGAGUCCGCCGAGCCGCUCCCGGGGGAAACUUUCCGCCUCCGCGCCAGGCCCUACAAAGAGAGGAGGAGCUGCUAUCUUGACUCGUUCUGAUAGAAAAUGUCAAAAUGUCGCCCUUGUUGAAGACUGUCUGGAGGAACUGACUGUGGAGUGCUGUGGAUAACCAAAGCUCAAAAUGGGAUAUUGAUCUCUUCGUGAUGCUUGGACACCUUUUACUAACAACAGGAUUUUCAAAGGAAGUUCAGCAUGGCCUAGUUGGUUGACCUUUGGAAACUUUAUAAUGUCCUCUGGAAUGAGUAUCAGAAAAACUCGGCAGGGUCUGAGCCUGCAGGGUGUUGACCCGGAAACUUGCAUGAUAGUGUUUACAACACACUGGGCACAGGUUCUAAAAAUCUUAGAGAAGCAUGAUCCUUUGAAAAAUACUCAGGCCAAGUAUGGUGCAAUUUCACCUGAUGAGGCCAGCGCAGUCCAGAAUUAUGUGGAGCACAUGCUUUUCUUACUGAUUGAGGAGCAAGCAAAGGAUGCUUCAAUGGGGCCCAUUCUAGAAUUUGUGGUCUCAGAAAACAUAAUGGAGAAGCUUUUUCUUUGGAGCCUGCGGCGAGAGUUCACGGAUGAAACAAAAAUUGAGCAACUCAAAAUGUAUGAAAUGCUAGUAACCCAGUCUCAUCAGCCUUUGCUACAUCACAAGCCGAUCUUGAAGCCUUUGAUGAUGUUGCUGAGCUCCUGCUCAGGAACAGCUACUCCAACAGUGGAAACAGAGCUAGUUGUCCUGUUGAAUCAGCUCUGUUCUAUAAUAGCCAAAGAUCCUUCCAUUCUAGAACUGUUUUUCCACACCAGUGAGGACCAAGGAGCUGCCAAUUUCCUCAUAUUUUCCCUCCUGAUUCCCUUCAUUCAUCGAGAAGGAACAGUAGGCCAACAGGCUCGUGACGCACUGCUCUUCAUUAUGUCCCUGUCGGCAGAAAACAGCGUCGUUGCAAACCACAUAGCAGAAAACACCUAUUUUUGCCCAGUGCUGGCAACAGGGCUAAGUGGCCUCUAUUCAUCUUUGCCUACAAAAUUGGAAGAAAAAGGAGAAGAGUGGCACUGCCUGCUGAAAGAUGACUGGCUCUUGUCACCAGCCCUUGUGCAAUUCAUGAAUUCUCUUGAAUUUUGCAAUGCUGUGAUACAGGUGGCACAUCCCUUGAUACGUAACCAGCUGGUGAAUUACAUUUACAAUGGAUUUUUGGUGCCAGUAAUGGCUCCUGCACUCCAUAAGGUGACGGUGGAAGAAGUGAUGGCUACUACUGCAUAUCUGGAUCUCUUUUUGCGUAGCGUGUCAGAGCCAGCCCUCCUCAAGAUUUUCCUCCGUUUUAUUCUGCUGCACCGACAUGAGAACGUGCACAUCCUAGAUACACUCACUAGCCGAAUCAACACGCCAUUCCGGCUCUGUGUGGUCUCCUUAGCAUUGUUCAGAACGCUCAUUGGCUUGCAUUGUGAAGAUGUGAUGUUGCAGCUAGUUUUAAGGUAUCUGAUCCCAUGUAACCACAUGAUGUUGAGCCAGCGAAGGGCUGUGAAAGAGAGAGAUUGUUACUCCGUAUCUGCUGCAAAACUGCUUGCCCUGACACCGGUCUGCUGCUCCACUGGGAUCACCUUGACUCUAGAAAGCCAAGGAAAAGAUUAUAUUCUCUGGACAAAAGCAGCUCAAACUAAAGAUUCUGCUAGAGGCAUUUCUGAAUCCGUCUGCAUUGUGGAAUUUGGAAGAGCUGUGGAUAUCAGCUACCUGCAGUACCUGGGAGAAGCUCAAGAAGCCAUCCUCCAGUGUCUGAAAGAUUGUAAGGUCUGGUCUGCUUUAUACGAUGGAGUAAAUCCUGAUCCUGAGACCUUUAUCCAAGCCCUUGCUGAGGAGAACAGUACAGAUGUGGAACAUCCCAUGUUUCGGCUCCAGCAAAGGACACCCAGCAUGUGUAGCUCCUCUCAAACAGCACCGCUGGGUGAGAAGAUGCAGCUGGAGCUGGAAUGGGAUGAUAGCUAUGACACAGGGAUUUCUCCUGGUUCUGAUGUGAGCUCACUCCAUCAGUAUGAUGAUCUGGGAAGUACAGAGAUGCAGAUGCCCGCAGUGCCACCGAAACAUAUUCAAGAGAUGAAAAAAAACGCUAUAAUGCUUGUCAAAGGAUCUUACAUAGAGGAUUCAGACUUUCAGGAUGAUGUUAUGGUUUACAGAUUAUGUGCCCAGAAGGAUACGCAGGAUGAUGACAACUCCAAGGAGAAAACUUUAAAUGUGUCCAGAGAACAUCAGGUCCAAAGCCAGACUGUUGUCAAUGGGCCUCUCUCUAACAGCCAGCUGGAAGUGGGCGUGGAUGAGCACAGUAAAAAAAAAUCAAGCUUGACUCAAGGUGUAAUGAAAGAACAAACAAACCAGAAAAUGGUGGAGACUGAUCCACAGCCAGACUUAGAGUUGAAGCUUCAGGAGGCAGAAAAUUGCUUAAGCUCACGACUGCUGAGCACAGAUGGUGAGGAUUUCAUUGCACAGUAUGACAAAAUUAUUAAGGAACUGGAUCCAAACAACGCAGGCUUGGAGGAGCAAAAGUCAGACACUCCUGACCCUGUGUCUCCUGCAGAAGAGGAGGAGGACUUUGAGAAUUUCUCAGCAGAUACCCCUUCUGCGGAGAGCGUGUCAUCUCCCUUUGGACCAAAGGAGGAUGCAUCUCCCAAGCGUGCUGCGAGGAGUCAGAGUGCUCCAUUUACAGGACCGUUUAUCAGUGUGAUGUUGUCGAAGCUGGAGAACAUGCUGGAGAACUCCUUGCAUGUAAAUUUGCUGCUUAUUGGGAUUAUUACUCAGCUAGCAAGUUACCCACAGCCUCUUCUUCGCUCCUUUCUGCUCAACACCAACAUGGUGUUUCAGCCCAGCGUACGGUCACUUUAUCAGGUGCUGGCAUCUGUGAAAAAUAAAAUCGAACAUUUCGCUUCCAUGGAAAAAGACUUCCCAGAUCUUCUCCUGGAGGCCCAACAGUACUUACUUUUUCGUGUGGACAUGUCUGAUGCCGCUGAAGAACUGCUAACCAAAGAACUGCAACUGAAUAAUACAUAACCCGGGGAAAGAUGGCUAAUAAAAAAUGCAACAUAAGCAGGCCAUGUAGGACUUCAAAAUGUCGGAUUAGCAGAGUAUCUGCCAGCGCGGUGUGAGUACUGCAAACUACAGCUCUGAACACAAUCCCUCUAAACUGCAUCUAGUUGUUGGACAAGUACUAUGUAUGUUUAAUAUACUGAGUAUUGGUUUCUCUUCUUCUUUUCCUUCCUGGCCUUAGGUAACAUCCCACAUGGCAGCAGCGUGGGGAAAGGAAGGAACCUCUCAGAAGCCCCCCCAGCCGUGCUCCAGCCUUUCCUGGGACACAAGGGAAAGAGGAGCCUGGCUCAUCCCAGCCUUCCUGCGCACGUGAGGAAUGC